AGAGGCCUGGUGGUUGGUGGUCGAGGGCGGAUGGGUCUCCGCAGGUGUCGCCCCAGUCCCUGGCGGGCAAUGGGCUUGUGAGGGGACUCCUUUCUCCGCCAGGUCGUGGUGGUAUCCCUCCGCCCUUUGGCUUCUCCUCCCUUCAUAGCCCUGGCAGCACUCUCAGAGUAUGACCCUCGCAGAGCCAGGCCUCCAGGCACCUUCUUGCUCCUCUAAGGGGGACAACCGGAAAUAUAAACGGUUCAUGUACUCCUUUCUGUGGUAUGGCUGGUAAUGGAUCAAGAUCAGAAUCUGUCAGUGGGUUAACUAUGAAAUCACAGCUUCAGAUCACUGUUAUUUCUGCAAAAUUGAAAGAAAACAAAAACAAAUGGUUUGGUCCCAGCCCUUAUGUAGAAGUCACAGUUGAUGGACAGUCCAAGAAGACAGAAAAAUGCAACAAUACUAAUAGUCCAAAAUGGAAGCAACAUCUUACAGUAAUUGUUUCUCCGGUUAGCAAACUAAAUUUUCGUGUAUGGAGUCACCAGACGUUGAAAUCUGAUGUCUUACUAGGAAGUGCCACACUAGAUAUUAAUGAGACACUAAAAGCAAACAAUAUGAAACUUGAAGAAGUUAUUAUGAACAUGGUGCUUACUGGUGACAAAGAACAAGGCGAUGGGAUUGGAGAACUUUCUGUCUGUUUAGAUGGUAUGCAAGUAGAUCCUGAGCUUCUAAUUAAUGGUGAUUCCUCAAGUAUAAAAAGUCCCACACAGAAUGAUGCCUCCAGAGUGAAAAAUGAAACUAGGAAUAACACAAAUGGUCCUGAAAACUGUGAGGCUGCUGGAUCCAAUGAAAGCAGGGUGACUAAUGGCAGUGAUUCUCCUUUAAUUGCCAAUGGAGGAUUUAAGCCUCCUAGACCUCCCAGACCCUCUCGACCUCCUCCACCCACUCCACGUAGGCCCUCUGCUCCAUCUGCAUGUGUCAAUGGUGCUUCCUCUACAGAAUCAGAAGGUCCUAGUGCAGAACUAGUUCUAGCUGCAAAAAAUUCAGGAUCAGAACCAAGCACUGAUGGAGUAACAUCAGGAACAGUUGUUCCUGCAUCAGCACAUUUGACUACACCACCAGUUUCAAGACAGGUUCAGCCAGUCACUCCAGUUUCACAGCCACAUCAUACAGUUAAUCAAGGCCCCCUUCCACCUGGUUGGGAACAGAGAGUGGAUCAGCAUGGCCGAGUAUAUUAUGUAGAUCACGUUGAGAAAAGAACUACAUGGGAUAGGCCAGAGCCUCUCCCUCCAGGCUGGGAGCGUCGAGUUGACAACAUGGGACGGAUUUAUUAUGUAGACCAUUUCACCAGAACAACAACCUGGCAACGGCCAACUUUGGAAUCUGUCCGAAAUUAUGAACAAUGGCAGCUUCAGCGCAGCCAGCUUCAAGGAGCUAUGCAACAAUUCAACCAGAGGUUCAUAUAUGGGAAUCAAGACUUCACACAGAACAAGGAGUUUGAUCCUCUUGGUCCCCUGCCAAAUGGAUGGGAAAAGAGAACAGACAACAAUGGCAGAGUGUAUUUUGUCAAUCAUAAUACACGCAUCACACAGUGGGAAGAUCCCAGAAGUCAAGAUCAGUUAAAUGAGAAACCUUUACCAGAAGGUUGGGAGAUGAGAUUCACUGUGGAUGGAAUUCCAUAUUUUGUGGAUCACAACAGAAGAACAACAACAUACAUAGAUCCACGUACUGGAAAAUCUGCUCUAGACAAUGGACCUCAGAUUGCUUAUGUCCGUGAUUUCAAGGCAAAGGUCCAAUACUUCCGGUUUUGGUGUCAGCAAUUGGCUAUGCCCAGCACAUAAAAAUCACAGUGAUGCAGUGAAGACAUGUUUUGAAGA